CAGCGUACUUGAAGUAUGAUCGCCUAUACCGACAGAGCAGCCUACUGUGUUUUAUGGAGAUUUAGCUUUCUGACAGGAUACCAGAGUCUCAUGUGAAAAUGGAAUGUUUUUCACUACACAGGAUGGACAGAGACCCAGCUAGGACCGGCAAAAAACAGGGUGGAGGUGUUUGCCUUUACAUUAAUGAUCGGUGGUGUCAUCCUGGUCAUGUUACGGUGAAGGAGAGAGUAUGUGACCCGAACAUUGAGCUGCUUGUGGUCUCAAGACAACAAUGGAGAAAAUGACUACUGCUCCUCUCUAUAUCAUCAAUACAACAGAUGUAUCUCAUGCAAAUGACUCUUUGUAUGACGACAACGAGUAUGCAGUGCUGUACAAAAUCUAUCAAUCUGGCCGCAUCAUAUCCCUCAUUGUUUACUGUCUGGCCUUUGUCCUUGGUGUGCUCGGGAAUGGAGUGGUUAUCUGGGUGACCGGGUUCAAGAUGAAGAAAACCGUUACCACAGUUUGGUUCCUCAACCUGGCUGUGGCCGACUUCCUCUUCACAGCGUUCCUGCCUCUGAUUGUGACCUUCAUAUUUUGGAAUCUCCACUGGCCUUUUGGCAAGUUCAUGUGCAAACUUCAUUACGUUAUAAUCUUCCUGAACAUGUUUGCCAGUGUCUACAUUCUGAUGGUGAUCAGUGUGGACAGAUGUGUGUCUGUGGUGUUGCCCGUCUGGGCCCGGAACCACCGGAGUGUACGCAAGGCGUCCUGUGUGAGUCUGGGUGUUUGGGUACUGGCUCUGAUUCUCAGCACUCCAUACUUCAUCUUCAGGGACACUGAGCUUAAACCCAGUAAGGACGUCAUCAUCUGCUCCAACAACUUUGCUCUUUCUGGUAAUGAAACAUCGUCUGUGAUACAGCUUCGUGAAGAAGCCAUAACCAUCACCCGCUUCCUCCUGGGAUUUGUUGUCCCCUUCACUGUCAUUGUCUCCUGUUAUGCUGUGAUAAUCCAUCGUAUCAGAAGAAACCGCACCCUGGCCAGCCAGUCAAGUCGCCCCUUUAAGAUCAUCGCUGCAGUUAUCACCACUUUUUUCCUGUGCUGGGCUCCGUAUCACAUCAUGAAAUUAAUUCUGAUGGUGAAUUCCAGGUCUACUUAUCCUAGUGAAACAUUACACCUUGUCACCACUAUUGGGUAUCCUUUAGCAUCCAGCCUGGCCUUUCUCAACAGUGGCUUGAACCCACUGCUGUAUGUGUUCAUGGGACAAGAUUUCAAAGACAGAGUUCAUAAAUCCAUCCUGAAGGUUUUGGAGAAUGCCUUCCAGGAUGAGGUUUCUCACUCUCACACCAACAAAACGUCUACGGUCAUCAGCAGAAGCAAAGACAAGUUAGUUGGUGACACUGUGGUAUGAAGUUAUCCAUGAUAUGAAGAAACAAAUACUGUAACUGUAAAUGUAAAGAACAGAUCUACCUACAUGGUUACUAUGAGCUAAUUAUGUUCCUGAGGUUUUUCUGUUUUUUCUUAACGCUUAGACAACACACAGUUAAACCACAGGAAAGGAAUGGCCUGCUUAUUCUUUGUAUGACUGUGGUUUUGAAUAUUGUGAUAUGUAUGAACCUGUCUAUCAGAGCUUGAUUCUAAUGUAUUUCAUUUUAGUUUUAUUUGAAACUUGUUUUUACUCUUCAAUGAAUCUGUAUAUGAUAAUGAUGCAAUCCUUAUUUUCCAUUAUUAAAAUAUUAUUUGGACCAC